AUGUCUGACAAAGAGAGCGAUUGGAACGUACCAAGUAGUGACGGCGAAGAGGACAGUGCUGAAGCUGUACAAAGCCAGAGUGGAAAGGAAAGGGAAAUUCCACUAAAUGUUUUGGGACUUUACAGCGAGAUCGAGAAGAACGGGUAUUUAGAAUUGAAAGUUAAAGAAUACAGAAGUGGUGUAAACAACGUGGUCAGCGAGGCUAGAGAGCAAGAAAACGAAGAAGCUGAGGAACUUGAUGAGGCAACUGCUGAUAUUAAAACUACUGAAAAUGAUGAGACUCCGGCUGUUCCCGCAACAGAUAAAGAUAAGUGAGUUUAUGGCUGAAACAUUUAUGAAUAUUAAGCCUUUGAGAAUAUUUUGACAAUAUUUCCAUAUAACCGUAUACUUCAUAAUGUAUACAGAUCUACGAUAGAAGAAAUCAAUGGAAAAAGCGCGUAGUAACUGAGAGACAUGUCAAAUUAUGUUAUGAUCCAUCAAUUGCUUUUGGUCGUGCGCAGUUGGUCUAAAUGGAUCACGUGACUGAAUAUUAUCCGGCUGAAACUGGGAGAUAUCCGAGGAUAUCACCCAUAGAGUGAUACUCCCCAAUUUUCAAAACUCAUGUCCACUACAUUAAGUCUCAGUUUAAAAUUUUUAUUCAUGAUGAGAGAGUGUUGUAUGGCUGUAGUGUGCAUGAAGUUGUACCAGAGAUUGCUCAAGAGAGAACAUCCCAUGCAGCAAAGAGUGAGCUCUUUGAAAACAUUUUUUUCUCAGGCGUUGUGGAAUAUUUGAAGGAUUAUGAUUUGUCUGUGGACAAACAUCCAUGCAUAUUUUUUUACCAAAUAGAGGUUAUUGUUUAUUUAUAUACAUUGUGCACAACCCAUCCAAUGACUGGUAAUCAGUAUAUACCACUCAGACAAAUAGAGCUUUUCAGGCAUUUUGAUAGGCUAGCUUGGAGGUGAUAAGCCAAGCGCUGGUCAUCUCUGAGAAGCCAAAGAGAAACAAACCAGCAUCCUGUUUUUCUUCAGUUUCCACAGGAGAGAGUCUACCAGACAUCUAUGGAUCACUGUUCCAUAGUUCUGAUUUGAUCAUGGAUAAUACUGCGUAACUGUGAUUUGCUAUCAAUGAUCUUCUUCUCAUGCAUCAUUGUUUCAUUCACAUAAUGUUUUUUGCAGAGCACAUGAACCCUCAGCAUUUGAUUACACUGAAGAGUCCAUAGAUGAAACAUCUCUUAUAACAAGAAAAAUUCCUAAGACUGGUAUGACAAAUUUUUUUGUGUGUGGUUUGUUUAUUGUUUAGUUUACACAAUAGUCAAAGGUAUAUCUGACCUGUUUAGAAAUACCAUAUUUGUGUGAAGAGCCAAAUAAAAGUAAUAAAAAGGUUCUUAGCCUCCUAAAAAGUUAUUGGGAAUUCAACAACAGAGCAUUGAAAUGAGAUAUUCUGUCCUAGGCUUGUGACAGAACAAGUAACAAUGCUAAUGUAUACCCUUUUGUAUAGAAUACUUUAAGCUUUUCUUCUAAUUUUUUUUUCAGGUCUCUUUUUUGGGUGGAGGGUGGGAAAGCAGGUUAGGCCUUGUAAGAGUUAAGGGGGUAGCUGGGGGGAGUAGCUGGGGGGUGGGGGGGGUCCUGAGGUGCCUGUGAAUCUCCCUCUGUUAGCUCUUUUUUGUCACUUUAAGUAAAACAAGGCAUGAAGGUUGACAUGUCAAUCUGGUACGUACUUUCUGUUUGAUGCAGUGUGACCCCCUUUGAAAAUCUUGGCUACACCCCUGGGAGUGUUUUAGUGUUUUGCCCAAGAACACAACAUGAAGAACCAGCCAGGUCUUGACCAGUGACCUUUUGACCCACCAUUGAGCCACUGUUUCUUACAGCGUACACCUAUUCUCACCUUGUACAUUUCUCAUAACCUUGCAGAACGGUUACAGAGAAAAAGAGUUGGAACACUAGAGAAUGUCAUUUCUGAUUUAAAAAGAUUCAGAGACAUGGACAAUAAGGAGUCUACAGACACUGAUAAAAAUGCCAUUCCACCUGAAACAAGAGCUGCAGCAAAUGAAGAGCAAACAGAACCCCAGGAACAUGGUCUAGAAAAAUAAACUUUUGUUUUUCUCAGAUGGUAUCUGGAAAAACAGUGCAACAAACCACAUUUCAUAGAAACCACAGAUCAGUCUAAAAUUUGUGGAAAUAUUUUAAUCAGAGGAGAAAUGUAUGAUUUUAACAAAGAAAUCAUACUGGCCAAAAGUCAGAUCAAUGUGAAAUUGGUUGAAGCUAUUGGAAAGUGGGACAGAUAGCCAACAUUAAAUUUUUCUAGACUUGAGUCAGAAAAUACAGAUAAAGGAAACAGUUUUAAUCCAUUAAUUACUCUCCAACAUUAAUAUGGAUAUGUCCCAAACUAUUAUCUAAAAAUUUCCUAUGGAACUUAGAGGGAGAAUCUGUGUGAUGAUCAAGAGCUUUUUCAGCAAGAGAUCAUUUCCUAUAUUCUCGUAUCCUUUGUUUGAUUCAUGGCUGACUCUGUAAAGAAAAAUUUUAUGUUGGCAACUUAAAGGUAUAAAAGGGUUUAAGGCUUAUAUUACAGGAGAUUUUUUUUAUAAAAAUGUGAGAAAUGACAAAUCAUUAACUCUGGCAUCUCAAAUAUUAAAAAAGAAAUGUCAAACUUUGAAGGAACUCAACUUUUAGAUAAUACAUAAAUAUCCUAAGAAUGUUAACUAUAUGUAAUGAACCCUGAGUUGCUUUCAUCCAAACAGUAGAAUGAAGGUCAUUAUUGUGUGUGGGUGGGGAGGGGAAGGGAAAGCUAUUAGGCAUCUGAUGGUGGUAGAGGGAAAGUCACUUUUAGCUUGCUUCUAAUAAAACUCAAAAUAUUGCCAAUCGGCAAUGGAAAAACUCCCAAUAAGUUUUUAUGUCAUGGGGCAUUUUUUUUGUAAGUAAUAUAUACACAAUUCCCAACAAUUUCUAGUUGGAUAACAAUGUGAAAAUGUUUCGUUUGAAUAAAAUUAAAGUGUAAAUAUACACAAAUUUUCCUUUAAUUAAUUAGGUUGAAACUGUCAUUAAUACUAAAUCAAGCUUAGGGAACAGGAUUAUUUUAUCCAAAGUUUUGCAGUGUAGAUGUUGUGUUAAAUGGGAAGAAUUUGUUGGCUGCUUUAUUUAAAGAGUGCAGUGCUCUUUGAUUAAGUGUUGAAAAGCUAAAACUUAAAGCAAUUGCAACAGCCAAUUAGAAGACAGGAAAGUGCCUUUAAGAGCCAAUGAGAUCUUAGAGUAAAAACAACCAAACUGCCUUAAGUUGGAAAAUUCACACGACCAAGUGGAGAUUGGUUUCAGUUCUGCAUCUGAUUGGUUAAGAGCUUGAUGCAAGUUUUCUGAAUCAAUCACAGAGCAAAGUAAAGAAAAGCAAAUCAAAUGUAAUCUCAGAUUACUUUUAACACUGAAGUAAGAGUUUUUCUGUGCAUCCAAAUGGGAGGGCUGAAACAUCAGCUUUUCAAAAUUCACCAUAAUGAUUGUUCAGAGGUUUCAAUAAAGCUGCUGAUGGAGUAACAGGUGGCUGUGUCCAGAAAGACCAGAAAAAGGGCUGUAGCGUGAAACCCAAACAAAAGCUCACUGGUAGUUGACGAACAACAAUUUCAUUUGCCUGCUUACAGAGUACAACAGUUUCAUUAGGAAGUUUGCACACUAUUUCAGAAUUAUUUUCUCAUCUUUCAAUUAUUUAUUAAAAAUAUAACCAAGACACCACUAUACACCUAAGUCUCUUGUUGUACUUUAAAAGGUCAUUAAUUGUAAAAUACAUGUAAAAAUUUACUAUUUUUAUCUUACUGCUUUUAUGGAGCUAAUUCACUAGUUUAUUGCUAUUGCC